AUGCGCGCCUGGCUCGUCGUGUGUGCGGCGCUCGCGCUGGCGCCCUGCCGAGCGACCGCUGCGCACUCCCACCAGGACCCUGCCAGGCUAGAGCGCAUCAAGUCACAAAUAUUAGCCAAGCUGGGGCUCUCAUCGCGUCCCACGCCACUAGGGGCACCGCCUCGCGACGUGGUGCGACAGAUUCUGGCACGAGCUGCCGACCCUCGGCCUCCGCCACGACAUCACGACCCAGACACCGAACACGCCAUGAGGGAAAUCAUCGCGAUAGCACAUAGAGGUAUUUAUAUAGUGACAGACUGA